AUGAAUCCUCAAAUCGUGGAUAUAACUCCUCCCACGACCAACCUUGAGACUGGCCAGGAAGAGAAGCCAGGAACCAACCAUGCCUCCAUUGGUAUUGAUGAACAGAAGGGUGAAACAACAGCCUAUCGCCAAGAUGUCUUUGGCGAUGAAGAAUUUGCAGAGGUCAAGUACAAGGUCUUGAAGUGGUGGCAAUGUGGUCUACUGAUGGUCGCCGAAACCAUCUCGCUGGGUAUUCUCUCCUUACCAGCGGCCGUGGCAGGCUUGGGCCUCAUCCCUGCAACUGUGAUUCUUAUUUCUUUGGGUCUUUUGGCCUCGUACACCGGUUAUGUGAUUGGACAGUUCAAAUGGAAAUAUCCCUACAUUUCCAGCAUGGCCGAUGCAGGCGAAGUACUCAUGGGUCGAUUUGGUCGGGAGGUGCUUUUCGUUGGUCAGAUGCUGUUUCUGGUCUUUCUUAUGGCCAGCCAUCUAUUGACUUUUACGGUGGCCAUGAACACUCUUACCUCACAUGCCACCUGCUCCAUUGUGUUUGGGAUCGUUGGACUCAUUAUCUCCCUUCUCAUUUCCCUGCCACGGACCCUGGAAAAGAUGUCGUGGCUUUCGUUGGCUUCCUUCAUUAGUAUCUUCAGUGCGGUUCUUAUUACAAUGAUUGCUAUCGCUAUUCAAAACACCGGAAGCGUUGUCAAAGCUACAGCUGAGACAAAUCUAGUCACUGGUUUCACCUCAGCCCUAAACAUUGCCUUGUCAUAUGCAAGCCAUAAUACGUUUUUUAACAUGAUCGCCGAGUUGAAGGAGCCAAAAGACUUCCCCAAAGCACUCACCCUACUCCAGUGUAUCGACAUCUCUCUUUACCUUAUUGCUGCCGUUGUCAUCUACCGUUACGCUGGUGAUGAUGUUGCUUCCCCAGCACUUGGCUCAGCUAGUCCUUUGAUGUCCAAGGUCGCCUACGGUAUUGCGCUGCCAACUAUCAUUAUUGCCGGUGUUAUUAACGGCCACAUUGCUUGUAAAUCCAUCUACACCCGCAUAUUCGCCGGUACCAAUCACAUGCACAAGCGAGACUUUAUUGCCAUUGGAUCUUGGAUUGGUAUUGCCCUAGGUCUCUGGGUUAUCGCCUGGAUCAUAUCCGCAGCUAUUCCGGUAUUUAGCAGCCUUCUCAGUUUGAUGACAGCAUUAUUUGCGAGUUGGUUCAGCUUUGGCCUUCCCGGUGCAUUCUGGCUGUACCUUAACAAGGGACAGUGGUUUUCUUCGCCCAAGAAGAUUCUCCUUACAAUUGUCAACACAAUUUGUAUUUGCAUCGGUAUCAUCAUGUGUGGUCUUGGUCUCUACUCCUCCGGCAAGGCCAUUCACGAUGACCCCCGUAGUGCAAGUUUUUCAUGCGCGAAUACCGUAUGA